AAGCGCAAAGUCUCUCCUCUGACCUCCCACACGCACAGAUCCCUCCCGGACAGAAACACAGCACGGCCGACAACCUUCCGCCGCCGCUCCGCCGCUAGGGCUCUGCCGUUAAAUCGUCGGCGGAGCCGGGGCCGGGGCCGCGGCCGCCAUAGAGAUGGACUUCGCGGAGAUCUCGAAGAAGGUUGACGCCCUCAAGGCCGAGCUCGCCGCCAAGUCAUCCCGCAUCGCCGGCCUGGAGGCUAGGGUCUCGCUCCUCGAAGCCGAGAACGCGGGACUGAGGAAGGCCGUGUCUGAGGGAGGCUCUGGUCGAUUGGAGGCGGGUCUCGGCGGAAGCAAGCAAAAGUCAGCCGACAUCUCUGGAGGGCAUGCGGUGAAUCAUGUCAUAGAGGUCAGUGACGGUGAGGAAGAGGAAAUGGCUGUUGAUGUCAAUGAGAUUCUGGAUGACGAUGAUGUUCUCAUCACGCCGCGAGGCAAGAAGUGUGCGGCGGCACGGGUGGUCAGUGACAGCGAGAGUGAGGAUGGGGAUGAGAAUGAUCAAGGGCAUGGAGAUGGGGAGGUGGGUGUUACAAGCAGCAGGAAGCGUGCGUUGCGUGGAGUCAGUGACAGUGACAGUGAGAGCGAGGAUGGCAGUGAGGGUGCUCGUGUUGUUAAUCAAAAACCUGGUUCACCUCUAGUUACGACAGGGAUUGAGAGUGAGGAUGACGAUGCUGAAUUAUAUGGGAUGGAGGGGUGUUCUACUCCCGGAACAAAAAGGCGUUUCGCUCGGUUAACUGAAAGCCAAUCAAAGAGAAUGCGACCUGCACGUCGGGAACUUGAGUUUUUUGAACCCAAGAAUCAUGAAGAGAGCGAGGAUGAUAGUAAAGAUUUUAUAGAUGAUUCAGAUUGUUCAGAAAAUUCUGCUGAUUCUGUUGAAGAACCCUCAGCUGGACCAGAAGAAUCUGACAAUGAGGAAACUAUUGAAGAUCUUAUGGCUAGGAUACGCGGCAAAAGAAAUGCCAAGAGCAAGGAUUGGAAGAUUGAGGCAGAGAUGCUGUCAGCAUUUGACGAACACCCUGAACUUCGCCUGAAAGCUGUUUGUGCCCUCUAUCGAAUGCAGACCGAGGAAGAACAGGCAGAAAAGGCCACUAUAAUUCACAACAAAAAGGGAUUUAGCCAGAUAGAUGCCCCAAGGGGUUCUCGCGUAGCGCAGUUUCUUCUGGAUGGUGACGCUGCUGGGCCGCUUAAGAAGACUGCACAGGACUUGGAGAAGUACGAUCGGCGUGCUCUUGAGUUCUGUCACAAGAUGGCUUUUCGUUACUCGAAGCAGUUGUUUGCAAUAUAUCAGAAGAAGGAAGACCCCUAUUUUCCAUGACUCUGGUGUUAGUUAUCACCAACUUCAUAUGUUGACCUUUCUGUGACACUUGUGCCUCUCCAAUCAGUCAGUCAGAGUCUUUUGUAUAUAUAUGGGUUUAGUUUUGUGUCUUCUUAAGUAGUCCGUAGUUAGGGCAUGCUAAAGUUAGUUUAUCGCUAGGAUGCACGCUGUUAAGUGAAGCACGAUGUCUGACAGGGUCUAUGUUGUUUAGCUGAAGUGCUUGUGCUCCCUGUAAUAUCCCUGCAUAGUAAAUCUAUCCAAGGAGAUGUUGUUCUGUAUUGUUCAAUUGCUUUGUUCAUGGAGUCAGAAUGUUAUGCUUUC